ACUAUUUCAGUUAUCUUUCCUAUGUGAUGGAUGUUGCCACACCUACAGCUGACUGUCUCAAUCUGGUGUAUGAGUUGUUAAUGCCUGUUGUUAUGAAGGGAAACAGCAAGAGCACACUGAGUCAUCAAGAGAACCGUAUCUUGGCAGAAGCCAAAGACCAGAUAGAGCAGAUCCUUUCUCUAGUUUUUGAAAACUAUAAGUCACUUGAUGAAUCAUCACUCUCAGGCAUUCUGGAUGUCUUCAAGCCUGCAACUGGACUUGCAGCACCUGCACUGGAACCUGCUGUCAAACUGUACACCCUUCUUCAUGACAUAUUAUCUCCAGAGGCACAGAAUAAUAUGUGUCACUAUUUCCAGGCUGCUACAAGAAAAAGAUCAAGAAGGCACUUGUCUGAGACAGAUGAAUUUGUUAGCAACAACAAUGAGCCCAAUUCCAUGGACACUGUUGCCAUGUCUACUGCUUACCAAAAGAUGACUUCCCUUUGUGUAAACAUCAAAAAUGAGAUUUUUACUGACAUUGAAAUUCACAACCAACAUAUACUUCCCAGUUUUAUAGACCUCCCAAAUUUGUCCACAUCCCUAUACAGCACGGAGCUUUGUAAUAGACUGCGUGCAUUCCUUCUUGCAUGUCCACCUUCUGGCCUUUCACCACCUGUUGCUGAACUUGUCAUUGCAACAGCAGAUUUCCAGUGGGAUCUUGCCAACUGGAACUUGAGUCAUGUGAGAGGUGGAGUAGAUGCCAAAGAAUUAUUCGACUUGUAUAUCAUGGUAUGGAUUCAAGAUAAGCGCCUUUCUCUGCUCGAAUCAUGUAAAUUGGACAAGGUGAAAUGGUCCGGAGUUAGGACACAACAUUCAACUACUCCUUUUGUUGAUGAAAUGUAUGAGCGGUUGAAAGGGACUUUGAGUGACUAUGAAGUCAUCAUAAGUCGAUGGCCAGAAUAUGUUUUUGUGCUGGAGAAUGCCAUUGCUGAUGUUGAGAAGGCAGUAUUGGAAGCCUUGGAUAAGCAAUAUGCAGAUGUUCUAUCCCCGCUGAAGGAAAAUCUGGCACCUAAGAAAUUUGGCCUCAAGUAUGUGCAGAAAUUUACCAAACGAUCGGUAUGCUCCUAUAUGGUUCCUGAUGAGCUUGGAAUCCUGUUGAAUUCCAUGAAAAGGAUGCUUGAUAUCCUACGCCCCAAGAUAGAGGCACAGUGUAAAUCAUGGGGUUCUUGCAUUCCUGCUGGUGGAAACACUGCUCCUGGGGAGCGUCUUAGUGAAGUUACAGUGAUGUUGAGAGCCAAGUUCAGAAGCUAUGUUCAAGCUGUUGUUGAAAAACUUGCAGAGAAUACCAAGUUGCAGAACUCAACAAAAUUGAAGAAGAUUCUCCAAGACUCAAAAGAAAUGGUUGGAGAGUCUGAUAUUCGAAGCAGAAUGCAGCCACUGAAAGAUCAAUUGGUAAAUACGAUAAAUCAUCUUCAUACUGUCUUUGAGACCAAUGUCUUCAUUGCAAUCUGUCGAUCGUACUGGGAUCGGAUAGGGCAGGACGUUCUAAGUUUCUUGGAGAACCGGAAAGAAAAUAAAUCAUGGUAUAAAGGCACAAGAAUUGCUGUAUCUAUUCUGGAUGAUACCUUUGCAUCCCAGAUGCAACAACUUCUUGGUAACUCACUACAAGAGAAAGACCUGGAGCCGCCAAGAUCUAUCAUGGAAGUGCGCUCCAUGCUCGGCAAAGAUGCCCCCAACCACAAAGACAAUGGAUACUACUAUUAGAUGGUAGUAGAUAUGGUUAAGAUGCAGAUGUCAAUAAGUUAAUGGUCCAUUUUGAAAAAAGAAUGGAGCUUGGAAAAUGUCGUGGACAAGUUGCUGUGAGAUGAGAUAAUCUCUACAGCCUGGUGGCAAACAGAUAAGUGAUGACUGCAUUUGGUCAUCGAAAUUUACAAUGGUAGCUCUUCCAAUUUUGUAAGGGAGCAAGUGCUCAGCUGCUCUACAUAUAUAAUGUUUACACAUAUUGGUAUAGAAUAUAUGCUGAGAAAAAUGAUUUUUCCUCGUUUUCUUUGGGGGUUACCCAAUAACUUGUCUGAAGCCGCACCACAAUCUCAUUUAUUUUUUUGGUACAUAAUAACGGGUUAUCCAAUCG